CCCGGGUCCAGAGUCUGCCCUCCUGGGGAGGGGGUGCCGCCAGGUGGGUGAAGGGCGGGCCCGCCCUGCCCGGACCCACCUGCGCCUUAUCAGGGCUGGCAGGGCCUCGCUGGCCACAGAGGACCUGCUCCUCGGACCUCGCACCCGCGCCGCUGGCUCCUCCGCCAUGGAGGCCCUGCGGACCCUCCUGGCGGUCAGCGCCCUGCUGCUUGUGCCCGCGGAAGCCCAGCAGGCCAUGGAGUACCGCCUGAAGCCGUGGCUGACGGGCCUGGCGGCCGUGGUGGGCUUCCUGUUCAUCGUCUUCGUCCUCCUGCUCGUCAACCGCGUCUGGUGCUCCAAAAGGAGAGCUGAGGACGACGAGGCCAUGCUCAGAAUGGAGACCAGCCCGAUCCGGAACGUGGACCUGAGGUACUGCCUUCAAGAAGACAAGAGGGAGAAGGAGAAAAAGGCCAAGAAGGAAGGAGAGAGCAACCUGGGGCUGGAACUGGAGGAGAAAGAGGAGCAAGAGGAGCCCAGAAACCAGGAGACAGCCAAGAUCACAACCAUGUGAAGAUUCCCUGCCACCUCCUCCAGGCAGCCCCCCAGAGAUGCCCCCGUAACAAAGGGCCUGGACCUGAAGCUACUGGAAUAACUACAGGAAUCCAGGCCCUGGACGAAGAGGCUUGGACCUGCCUUCCCCCUCAGCCCCCAGCUCUUUGCCCCUCCAUGUCUCUCUGCCCCUCCUUUCCGACCUGUCCUGGGUGGUGAUUCUUAUUGACGUGUGAUGAAGAAAUCCCCUACCUCCC